GUAAAUUUCUGCAGAACCUGUGGAAACGGGUGAUUUGGUAAGCCAAUGAAUGCCGCCUACUUUUUAUCUUCCAUUAUAAUUAUACGCGAAAGAAGUAAGAUCAACAGCCAAAAAAAAUCAAAAAAUCAUUACUACAUUGUUUGUAAGGCGCAGAUGCUGCCCACAUUCUUUUUACACACAUUUCUGUUUUGCGCUUCUCUUCUAUGUUCUUCAGCUAAAGAGAUCAUAACACUAAACAGUUCGAUCAUUGAUGGAGAAGGAGAAAGUCUAAUUUCACCAGGAAAAAAAUUUGAACUAGGAUUUUUUACUCCUAAUGGAAGCUCUAACACCAGGAGAUACGUGGGGAUAUGGUAUUUUGGUUCAAAUCAGCAAACAGUUGUAUGGGUUGCCAAUAGAGACAAACCACUUUUAGAUGAUAGCGGAGUCCUUGUUGUUUCGGAGGAUGGCAACCUCAAGGUGCUGGAUGGAAGUGGGAAAUCUUUAUGGUCAACGAAUCUUCAAGCAGUGUCUUCUGGAUAUAUAAAAGCCAAGUUAACAGAUGCUGGGAACCUGGUGCUGAGCAAUAAAGAAAAAGAAAGCAGCUCAGUAAGCAUUAUCUGGCAGAGUUUUGAAAAUCCAACUGAUACAUUUCUUCCAGGCAUGAAAAUGGAUGGAGACAUGAUACUAACUUCUUGGAAAAGUUAUGAUGAUCCAGCUCCAGGGAAUUUCACAUUUCAAAUAGACCAGGAAAGAGUUAACCAAUUCAUCAUAUGGAAAAGAACAACCAGGUAUUGGAAAAGUGGUGUUUCGGGUAGAUUCAUUGGUCCGGAUGGGAUGCCCUCAGCCAUGCCAUCGGCAAUUUCUUUCUUUUUGUCAAAUUUUACCUCAGUUGUACUCCAUAAUGAGUCCAUGCCUCAUCUUACGUCAUCAUUAUACAGUGAUACAAGGUUGAUUAUCAGUUUCUCCGGUCAAAUUCAGUAUUUUAAGUGGGAUUCUGAGAAGAUCUGGGCAUUGAUUUGGGCAGAGCCCAGAGAUAAAUGCAGUGUCUACAAUGCAUGCGGAAAUUUUGGUAGCUGCAAUAGUAAUAAUGACUUGACGUGCAAGUGUUUGCCUGGCUUUGCACCUAGCUCCCCGGAAAAUUGGAAUAGCCAGGAUUAUUUUGACGGAUGCACUCGAAAGUCAAGGAUAUGUGACAAGAAUGCUGCGAGUGACACAUUCUUGAGUUUGAAGAUGAUGGAAGUGGGGAAUCCAGACUCUCAAUAUAAUGCUAAGAGCGAGGUGGAAUGCAAAUUAGAGUGUCUUAACAACUGUCAGUGCCAGGCUUAUUCGUAUGAAGAACUUGAUUUAGAGCGACAAAGUGAGAGCAGCAUUGCUGCAUGCUGGAUAUGGUUGGAAGAUCUCAACAAUAUUCAGGAGGAGUAUGAAGGUGGCCGUAACCUUAAUGUCCGGUUAGCAGUUUCUGAUGUAGAAUCAACAAGAAGAAGUUGUGAAACUUGUGGUACAAACCUGAUUCCCUAUCCACUUAGCACUGGGCCUAAAUGUGGCGAUGCCAUGUACCUCAGUUUUCACUGCAGCGUCUCUUCAGGGGAAGUUACCUUUUAUGCGCUCAGUGGCACCUUUAGAGUAACAAGCAUAAAUUCAGAAACACGAAAAUUUAUCAUUCAAACCAAUGACGCAAAUGAUUGUAAGGCUGGAAAUUCAGGAGACAGUUCCUUUCAGUUCAAGCAGCCAUCGCCCUUCCAUGUUACGAGUAGGUGCAAUGCGGAUGAAGUAGAGGUAGGCUGGGAUCCUCCUCUGGAACCAACUUGCUCUUCACUUGCAGAUUGCAAAGAUUGGCCAAAUUCAUCUUGUAAUGUAACAAGUGAUGGAAAGAAAAGGUGCCUCUGCAAUGAAAGCUUUCGAUGGGAUAACUUAAGCCUGAAUUGCACUGAAGGGAAAUGGUACUGCAAAGGUUCAAUUCGAUUAAUUGCCAAUCUGCAUAUUCUAAUGUCCAGAGUCAACUUAGCACGGCAGUCUUUCAUUAAUAUGUUUAACCGUGCUUACAGAAAAAAGAGAUACAAGUCUUCCGCCAGAAAGAUAGCUUUAUCUCUGAUCCUCGUAUUAGCUUUUCUUAGCGGAGUUGUUCUAAUCAUUCUGUCAAGCACCAUUGUUUAUGUUUACUUGCAGAGGAGAAAACUGGCCGAGGGAGAAGGGAUCUGGGGAAACAUUCACAGAAAUUCUGCACUGCACUUGUACGACAGUGAGAGACAUGUCAAAGACUUGAUUGAUUCAGGACGGUUUAAAGAAGAUGAUACUGACGGUAUAGAGGUGCCAUUUUUUCAGUUAGAAAGUAUACUAGCUGCUACAAAUUACUUCUCUAACGCAAACAAGCUGGGGCAAGGUGGAUUUGGGGCUGUUUACAAGGGAAAGUUUCCCGAAGGGAGAGAAAUUGCUGUAAAGAGGCUCUCAAGCGGUUCAGGACAAGGUUUAGAGGAAUUCAAAAAUGAAGUUGUGCUGAUUGCAAGACUUCAACAUCGAAAUCUUGUUAGACUUUUAGGCUAUUGUGUUGCAGGAGAUGAAAAGAUGUUACUUUAUGAAUAUAUGCCUAAUAAAAGCUUAGAUUCCUUCAUAUUUGAUCGGAAGCUAAGCAUUCUGUUGGACUGGGAUAUGCGGUACCGCAUCAUUUCGGGAAUUGCUCGAGGCCUUCUAUAUCUCCACCAAGAUUCAAGGUUGAGGAUAAUUCACAGAGAUCUGAAAACGAGCAACAUUCUUCUAGACGAGGAGAUGAAUCCCAAAAUUUCUGACUUUGGCUUGGCAAGGAUUUUUGGUGGCAAAGAAACUGCUGCAAACACAAAUAGAGUAGUUGGAACUUAUGGCUACAUGUCCCCUGAGUACGCACUAGACGGACUUUUCUCAUUCAAAUCAGAUGUCUUUAGCUUUGGUGUUGUUGUAAUUGAGAUCAUCACUGGAAAGAGGAACACAGGAUUUUACCAGCCUGAACAGUCUUUGAGCCUUCUGGGCUAUGCAUGGCACUUGUGGAAAGCAGACAAGGCAUUCGAUUUGUUGGACCAGACACUGCGUGGAAGUUGCAAUGCAAACGAACUUCUAAAGUGUCUAACUGUUGCACUCUUGUGCGUACAAGAAGACCCAAGCGAUCGCCCCACCAUGUCACAGGUAGUUUUCAUGCUUGGCAGCGAAAUUGCAUCUCUUCCAGCUCCAAAACAACCAGCAUUCGUAGUCAGGCGAUGCCCUUCUAGCAGAGCUUCUUCAUCUAGCAAACCAGAGACAUUUUCCCAUAAUGAGCUAACCGUUACUCUGGAGCAUGGUAGAUAGUAAAAGUACAAGGCUCCAAAAACGUCAUUUCUACAAGUAUAGGAAGCAAAUUUUAUGUUUAUCAAUACUUGUUGUGUUUAAUUUUGUUUGAGUAUAACCUGCAUUGGGCAGUUUCUGCUCAAGAAUUUCCUAUUUAUUCAAGAUUAUCUUA